AUGAAGUGCGCGGAUCCUGACUGCACGUGCGCGGAUCUCACCACGACUGAUCCAUGUAUCGUUUGUGAACGUGGUGUUCACCACAUCUGCAGUAAUGAGCUCUAUGACUCCGGGAAGUGGUCGGAGCGUUUUUGCAGUGCGGCGUGCGUGUACCAGUGGAAGACGCUGACAUCGCCUCCAUCAUCGGCUGCGGAUAGUGACAUUGAGCCGCGGGAAUCUCUGGGCCAGCCAAGCCAGGUGUCGCAACUGUCAGUCUCACAGGAGGCAUUUCUUCCAACAACGCAAGCAGCCACGACACCAUCAGUGACGGACUUGACUGAAGCGAGAAUAUUUUCUCCCGAGAAUUGCCGUCACGAAGUGUGGGAUGUUGCUUAUCGUCUGGCAACACCGUUCGUGAAGACACGUGGUCGCGACAAGGCGUCAUUCAGCCAUGUCUGUCUCUUGUGUGCUCAGGAGUUGACUUGCCAGCCUUACGCAUCGGCUAGAGCAUGGGAAGGCGCUCUGCACCGCUGGACCAACACGUCCAACGCGAAGGCGCACAUGGUGGCCGCUCACGAAGACCACCAGCUUGGACAAGCUGAGGCAAGCGCAAGGUUGCAAGCUGCUACUCGUAACAUUGACGAAGCCACUGAUCAUGCCAGUAACCCCAAGCGAUCACUUUCGCCGGCUGAGAAUGAUCGCGCGGUUAAACGACGUGGAACACUCCAGAAGUUGUGGGCCCCCACCCAACGAGAUAUCAGCGUCUACAUUGCACACUGGUUGAUCAGUUCGGGGCUAGCUUACAACACGGUUGCGAGUGAAGGCUUCAAGCUUUUGGUUCAGCGAUUGACCGGUAACCUUGGAGCUACGAUACUAGUUGCAUCGACGUUCCGAGACCUACUGACUGGGGUAUGGUUCAAGUACUGUAAUAAGACAGGUGGCUUCUUCCAGCGAGAGCUCAAGGCAGCUUAUGGCACAUUCCUAAAUCUGCACCACGACGGAUGGACCACCGGAAACGGCAAGGUCGGUGUGCUCGGGGCGACCGCUUCGUUCAUCGACAAGACUUGGAAUCACUGUGAGAUUGCUCUCCUACUCACUGUUGGAAACCCAUCGCAUGCAGCUACAGACAUGCAGCGGGUGAUCUGCUCGCGUAUUCGCGAUCUGUACGAUGUUGACAUCUCCGCGAUGACUCAAUUUACGGUAUCGGAUACCACUGCAAGUGCUAGAAAGACCUCCAAGCUGUUCGAGGACUCGAUUGUCACCAACUGUACGAUGCACGUGUUGAACUUGUCUUUGCACAACAGCUUCUCGAUGUUCGAUCUCAACGCACCGCGAGAUCCGAUGACCACAGUGGAUACGUUUCGUCGCAUCUUGAUCUCAGGUGAAGCUUUCAGCGGGCUUGCACGUGUUUGCUUGGCGCGGAUGAAGGGUCAGCUGAAGAAACGAAUCGGGACUGCCACUGCCGAGACGGUUUUGAUCCUUCUAAUCGAUCCACGGACCAAGUUUUCGGUGGAAUCCUUGAUAGUACCUUCGAGCACACCUGAAACUGAAAAGCACGCAAGUGAUGGAGAAACCCAGCAAUCCCAGCAAAGUUCGGAGGUUGUCAGCGCAGGCAGCAAGCUUUUGGUUGAUGCGCAUCGGGAGAUGUUCUGCUCUCUUCACGCUCAUGAUCUCAACGUUGUUGAGACUAACGCUGCUAUGACAUCGCCUAACUUUGACCUUGUCCCUUACGCUGACGUCGAGGUGAUUUGUGGCGCUCCGAUCAAGGCUGUGGCGGAAGGUGAAGCUCUUAAGAUGACGUUGCACGAGCAAGCGGACAGAGAGGUUAUCAACAGCAGUAUGAGCUUGGCUCAAUGUGUGGAAGCCCUCGUUGCAGCUGACAGAUGUGCGGAGAAAGAAUACGAGUACAAGUUGUCGCGCAUUGGUCGAUUCGUCAACUCGAACUACGACGAGGAGAUGGGGAAUGUGCUUAGGUUCACCACUCACUUCGUUCCGGAGAAAAUUGAACCCCAAUACGCCGCUGCAUUGUCAAAAGCUGCAACAUACUCGUACGAGGCUCACAAGAACAAUUCGGAUGAGGUACUUGUGCUCGGAACCUUUUCGUGCAAUGUACCAACACAAACGACUGGCGUUGCGACUGUGAAUUUUCGAAAAAUGGACAAGUCCUGUCACCAAGCUCAAGGUGGUGCGGCAGCUGCAGUACGAAACUUUCAAAGUGAUAUACGUGAAAACCAACGAAAGAAACGAAGGACCCAAGCGGAUCGCUAUAAAGAAGCUGUUCGAGCGACGCAUUUGAUAGCGUCGGAACUCGCUGAUCUGUCGGACGACCAGGACUUUGAGGACAUGCUUCAGUAUGUAUUGGAGCAGUGGAGACACGUGAGGCAGAAGAUGAAGCUGCCUCUUCAAAGCACAGAACUCAAGCGCGAGAGUGAAGAAGUGUCAGAAGAUUCGGCUGAGAGCCAAACACUGAACAUCGAGAAGAAAGAUACGCGAGAAGUAGGUUUAAGGGUUCACAUCAAUCCAAAAGCGAGGAAGGUGGGGCGUCCGCAGAAACACCGAAAGACAACUGCUGCAAGUGAGCGAGCCGACCGUAAAUGGUACAAGGCUGCCGAGUCUGGACGUGCUUUAGCCGGAGCGGAUACUCUAGAAGACUCUUCUAUCUUUGUCGCGCGAUCAGCCUGGACUUCAAGAAACUGA